AUGAGAAGUCCAACCAAGUUGAAAGAAGUUCAAUGCUUAGUCGGAUGCCUCACCGCUCUAUCACGGUUUACACCAAGGCUUUUCGACCACAUCAAGCCGAUACUCAAGAACAUGAAGGAAAACGUCCCUCGACAUUGGGACGAUCAUUGUGAGGUGGCCUUCUCCGUCGUCAAGAACAUAUUGACCAAUCCGCCCAUCAUGAGCCGUCCGAUAGAAGGAUUUGACUUACAACUGUAUCUGUCCGCAUCCGGCCAUUCGGUGGAGAAAGAGGCAUUAGCUCUACUAACAGUGGUCCAACGACUUCGUCCAUACUUUCAAAGCCACCAAGUCAUUAUCCGAACCAACCAUCCGGUCGCCAGGAUCCUCAGGAAACCGGACCUAGCAGGAAGGAUGGUUUCCUGGUCCAUCGAAUUAUCCGAAUUCGGCUUGCGUUUUGAGCCACAGGGCUCCAUCAAGGGCCAACACUUAGCAAAUUUCGCAGCAGAGCUACCCCAGGCGGCAGAACCGUCCGUGUGGAAUCUGAACGUAGACGGAUCCUCAGACAAAAGAGGAGGAGGAGCCUGUAUAGUACUUGAAGGAUCGAAUGGUCUUCUUGUCGAGCAAGCUAUAUCCAUCACAUUCCAGCUCAGUAACAAUCAAGCAGAAUAUGAAGCCCUCAUCUGCGGACUACUCUUGGCCACCGAGCUGGACAUCCAACACUUAGAAUGCCGAAUGGAUUCUCAACUGGUUGUGGGGCAUAUUAACGGAACCUUCCAGGUCAAAGACAAUCAUCUAUUACGUUACUAUCACAAAGUCAGCGACCUCAUUAAAGCGUUCGGCACUUUCAAAAUCAUCCAUGUACCCAGGGCACAAAAUUCCCGAGCGGAUUUACUUUCCAAACUAACACAUGCCCGUGGAAACUCCCAACUCACUUUGGUAAUCAAAACCACGCUGGAACAGCCUCUUUUAGAGACUUGCUCCACCAGCAUCAUUCCUUCCAAAGCUGACUGGCGGCAAGAUAUAAUACAGUUGAUGAUUCAGCAAGAACAGGAUACACGGGUGAGUGCGGCCGAUUCUAAACAAAUCGCUCGCUUUACACUUAUAGGAGAUGAUCUCUACCGACGUGGGUACACUACUCCUCUGUUAAAGUGUUUGUCUAGCGAAGAAGCCAAGUACGUCAUGCAGGAACUACAUCAUGGAAUUUAUGGCUCUCACUCGGGUAAAAGAACGCUUAGAGCCAAGAUAUUACGAGCGGGUUUCUACUAG